AUGCCGCCCCCAAAGACAGGUCCCGCCCCCGUGACCCCACCAGAUGGUGGGUGGGGGUGGGCGGUGGUGCUCGGAUCCUUCAUCUCCAUUGGCUUCUCCUACGCCUUCCCCAAAGCCAUCACGGUGUUCUUCAAGGAAAUCCAGAUCAUCUUCGACGCCUCCUACAGUCAGAUCGCGUGGAUCUCCUCCAUCAUGCUGGCGGUCAUGUACGCCGCAGGCCCCAUCAGCAGCAUUCUGGUCAACACAUAUGGCUGCAGGCCCAUUGUCAUGAUGGGGGGCUGCCUUUGCUCCACCGGCAUGAUCUUAGCUUCUUUUUGCACCAACGUGUUGCAGCUUUACAUCUGCAUAGGAGUCAUCGGAGGUCUUGGACUGGCCUUCAACCUGCAGCCAGCGCUCACCAUGAUAGGCAAAUAUUUCUUCAAGAAGCGGCCCAUUGCUAAUGGACUAGCAAUGGCAGGCAGCCCAGUCUUCCUCAGUACCCUGGCUCCCCUUAACCAGUACCUCUUUAAUCAGUUUGGAUGGAGGGGCAGCUUCCUCAUCCUGGGGGGCCUCCUCCUGAACUGCUGUGUGGCUGGUUCCCUCAUGAGGCCCCUAGGACCACCACCUGGCAAAGUCAAGAAGGAUGAAGCUUUGGCAGCCAUUACCACGACUGAAAAGCGCAGUGCCUGGCAGUUAAUCAACAAGUACCUGGACCUGACGCUUUUCAAACAUCGCGGCUUCUUAAUUUACUUGUCAGGCAACUGUAUCAUGUUCCUGGGCUUCUUUGCACCCAUUGUCUUCCUGACAGCCUACGCAAAGGACAUGGGCGUGGACGAAUACUCCGCCGCCUUCUUGCUCUCAAUCCUAGCAUUUGUUGACAUGUUCGCCAGGCCCUCCAUGGGGCUUCUGGCUAACUCACGCUGGGUCCGACCCAGGAUCCAGUACUUCUUCAGUUUUGCUGUUUUGUACAAUGGUGUGUGCCACAUUCUCUGCCCACUAGUUGAAGACUACACCGGCUUGGUGGUGUAUUCCGUAUUCUUUGGCUUUGCCUUUGGGAUGGUCAGCUGUGUACUGUUUGAGACACUGAUGGACCUGGUUGGAGCUCAGAGGUUCUCCAGUGCUGUUGGACUCACCACCAUUGUCGAGUGCUGCCCAGUUCUCAUUGGGCCACCGUUAGCUGGAAAACUGGUCGAUAUCACAAAAAAUUACAAGUACAUGUAUUUCUGCUGUGGAGGCGUUGUGAUUCUGGCCAGCAUUUGGCUCUUCAUCGGGAACUUCAUUAACUACAGACUCCUGGAUCGCGAGCGCAAGAAAGCAGAGAUGUACAAACGGACUGAGGUGGAAGAUCCUGACCAAGUUCAGGACGGCAAGGAGGCGGAUGGUGCGCCUCAGACCUCGGAGGAGCUGGUCGACAAAAGUCCAAAAGACGAGGAGGCCAUGCAGAAGGAAACCAACAUCUAAAAUGUUCUUCUUUAUGUCCACCACUGCAACCGUUCAACAUCUUCAG